ACACGCGACUAUGUGGAGCAGGUAGAAUACAGGUUAGAAGUGAAUAAAGCAUUAUAUAUAUAAAUAUAAUAUAUAUAUAUUAUAUUAUAUCACAUGACAUCACUGUCUGGGAUAGUUUAGUGAAAUUAGAGACUGUACCACACGUUGUUAACCAGUGUGACUGACAGCUGCUAAACUCUACCCGACGUUACACCACUGUCCACUGUCCCAAUGUGCCAGGUGGAUGAAGGCUACCACGAUCAACUGGAGCGCCAGGAGGUGCCCAGUGUUUCUAAGAAAUGUGUCAAGUGCAAAGAAGCGACUGCAGCCGUGGUGAUCAGAGCAGGAGAUACAUACUGCAGGGACUGUUUCAAAGAAUACUUUGUGCAUAAGUUCCGGGCCAUGCUGGGCAAAAACAGGAUCAUCUUCCCUGGAGAGAAGGUGCUGCUGGCUGUAUCUGGAGGUCCUUCUUCUUGCUCAAUGCUCAAUCAAGUCCAAGAGGGUUUGAGUCAGAAUGCCCACAAGAAGUUAAGAUUCAUACCUGGCAUUGUCUACAUUGAUGAGGGGGGUGCUGUAGGUCAGUCUGUGGAGGAGAGACGGAGGACGGUGUCUGAGCUGCUGAAUGUGUUUAAAGCUACUGGCUUCCCCUUCCACAUCGUGCCUCUGGAGCAGGUCCUCGACCUUCCCAGUUCAGUUGUGGUGACAGCUCCCUCUCCCUCAGAGAGACCAGCUAGCUCCUACAAAGCAGCUGUGGAUCACUUCAUUCAGACUGACAGCAGCAGAUGUUUGACAGCACAGACACAGGAUGAAACAUCACCACCUGACAUCCAGGAGUCCCAGACACAGUUACUGCAGCAGCUGAUUGGCUCUGCUAAGACACUGACUGCCAGAGAAGAUCUACUGAACACAUUAAGGCAGCAUCUCCUGGUGCACACAGCUCGUACUGAAGGCUACUGCAAACUAAUGCUGGGAGACAACUGCACCAGACUGGCUGUUAAACUGCUCACCAGUAUAUCACUGGGCAGAGGAGCACAGCUGGCUCAAGACACGGGUUUCUCAGACUGUCGAUAUGGUGACAUAAUAACAGUGAGGCCAAUGAGGGACUACUCUUCAAAAGAAAUAGCUUACUACAACCGUCUGUUCAAGGUGCCUUCUGUUUUCAUAGCAGGCCUGGACACUAAGACAACAGAUAAGGCCAGUAUCCAGCGUCUGACAGAGAGCUUUGUCACUAAACUGCAGGCAGACUUCCCCUCUACUGUUAGCACCAUCUACAGGACCAGUGAGAAGCUGCAGACUGCAUGUAAGAGUACCACUACUGCUGACCCCUGUGCCCGAUGUCUGCUCUGUAUGUGUGCCCUGGAUACUACUGUUGAAAAUGCUUCAGCCUUCCAGGCCACACUGAUCUCAGAGCAGCUCUCCCAGACUAAAUCUCUAGGUAUUAAUAGUACAGCUCUUCCAAAACAAAGCCCAGUUGGAGGGCAGUCAGAGUGGACUGCUCCCACUGGACAGUGCUGUUCUUCUGGAGGAGGAGGAGGAGGAGGAGGAGGAGAGGGCUGUGGGAGAACAGUAGAGGGUGGAGGCUGCUGCUCUUCUUCCAAGUUAGCAGAGACAACUGAUGUGAGGAGCCUGCUGUGUUACAGCUGUCAGCUGACCAUCAAAGACAUGUCCUCAGUUGAUUGUCUCCCUCAGUACAUCCUGUUAGAGGCUCAGAAGAGGCAAAGGAGGUCUCAGAUGAGGGAGGAGAUCAGUGAGUUCCUGCUGGAUGACGGGGAUGGAGGUGAUUAAAGAGCUGCAGCAGUCCACUCUGAAACAAUUACAUCACGAAUGUGCUUAUUUCAACUUGCAGGGUCUACAAGAAUAUAAAUGCUUUAUAGAUAAAUUAAUUUCAUUCUCUACAACCCUGCAUCCUGCAGGGUGCUGGAACCUUUGUGGUGGUUAAACACAACUUAUUCAGUGUAUUAUGAAGUCGAUAAC